AUGUCCACGUCGGAGGCGCUGAAGGGCUGCCUGACGUGCUUCCGCCAGACGGAUAACUUUCUCCGGAUCGCCGAAAACGACGACGACGCGGGCGACGAAAAUGUCGAGGCGGUGUUCGAAACGCACUUUUGGUUUACCAAAGAUGAGUACCAGGAUCGGAUUGUUUGCACGAGCUGCUGGGAAAAGAUUGACGAUUUUCACAAGUUUUACUGGGAGGAUGAGGGUGGCAGCGAUGGGGAAAAGGUGCCGUACGAUGAGAGUUUCCUGUACACCGAGGUGUCGUUCAAAGAGGAACCGCCUGCGACGACGGAGGAGAAAGCGGAUCCGGAUUUCUGGACACUGGACGCGCUGCCACCAAUGGACGGAGUUUUGUCCAAUAACGACGACGAAAGCGAUGGAAACAAGGAUGAAGCCAAGAACAGUGACAGCGAUUCGGAGAGUAGUUCCGGAAGCGAUUAUAAGAUAAAACGUACCAGUUCGGACACUACCGACAGCGAGGAGGAAAUUCCGUUGGCGAAGCGAAUUACGAAGAAACGGAAGCGAAGAAGGAGGAAGUACGCUCGGGAUGAUCUGGAUUACACUUGCUGUGUUUGUGCGGACGCAGGAGAGGAGAUCGAACCGUUCGCGACUUGGUACAAGAUGAACUUGCAUUUCAAGCAAAAUCACGGCCUUACCGGAUUCAUGUUUUGCUGCAAUCGACGGUUCUGCACGAAACCGUUGUACGUGAAGCAUCUGGAAAGUCACGACGUUUCGACAACGGUCAGAACCGAUCAGAAGCACUGUCUGGAGUGCAAGUGCUCGUUCAAGGACGAAAGUGGCCUAGCUAGGCACAUGGUCAUGGUUCACACGCCGGAGGAGCUGAAACAGUUCAAGUGUGACCGCUGUUCGAAGGCGUUCGCCGAUCAGGAUCUGCUCAACAGUCACAUCAACUGGCACGACGAGGUGGAAAAGAGAAAUCAUCAUUGCGCAAUUUGCAACCGCUACUUUACAGGUGCUGGCAACCUGCAAACCCACAUUAUGGCGCAUCAUUCCACGGCGGCAGAGGCCGCUGCCCAGGCCGAGCCCAAACCGGUUGAGAAAAAGUUUGAAAAACGAAAACGCGGCACGCCCGACGAUGUCGCCAAGCAAGACGAUCUUAUCAAACAAUUUGUCCAACUAAACUGUUCCAGAUGUGACUUUGUGGGUGAAAAUUUUAAAGAUCUUCAAUUGCACGCAAAAAAUCUCCACCAACUGCCCACCUACUCGGUGGUUUGCUGCGAGCGACGCUUCAGCAAGCGGUUCCGCCUGUACGAGCACUGCCUCAAGCACCUCAAUCCGAACCACUUCCGGUGUGAACUGUGCGAUAAAACCUUCACGGACAGUCACGGGUUGCAGCAUCAUCGCUGGUUCAUUCACACGCCCGUUUCGGAGCGACCCUUCAAGUGUGACGUGUGCGGGGACGCCUUCGUCAAGGAAUAUCUCCUAAAAGCCCACAUGGAUCGCCAUCUGGACAAGGAACGCAAAACACACACGUGCGAAAUCUGUAGUGUUUCGUACACGGCGUUGCCACAGUUGAAAAUACACCAACAGAACGUCCACGGCGCCGUCAGCGACUGGGUUUGCGAUGUUUGCGCCAAAGGAUUUGCCCACCGGGCACUGCUCGAACGGCAUCGCCUAACCCACACCGAGGAAGGCCUCGCCAGCCUGAAGCAGCAGUGCGAAAAAUGUCAAAAAUGGAUGCCCAACCGAACGUCCUACCUGCGCCAUCGGCGACUCUGCGGCAACAACACCGGACCGGCCAAGUGCGACCAGUGUGAGCACGUUUCCGUCAAUCCGCACGCCCUGUCGGUGCACAAGAAGCUGAACCACUCGGAUCGGCCGAAAUAUACGUGCCGCUAUUGCGGCAAGGAGUUUAAAAAGCAGCUCAGACUGAAGGAACACGAAGCGAACCACGCCGGAAUCGUGCUGUACAAGUGUCCGUACUGCCCACGCGAGUGCAACUCCAGCUCGAAUAUGUACACCCACAAGAAGACGGCCCACCCGGAAAAGUGGGCAGAGGCGGUGGCGGCGCGAUUUGCGAAGUAAUGCGCUACAUUUCAGCGCAAAGAAUAAUAGUGUAAAAUUUAUCAAAAGAUUGUGUGCCCAGUUUAUUACAUAGCAGUACAUAACGGUAACAGCUAACUCUUAAAUAAUAAUUGAAAUAUAUAAAACAAAAUAUAUUAAUACCGAAUAAAGCUUAGAGAGUAAAAA